ACUCUCGAUCUGAUUCUCAUCAGUAGUCUGUGGACGUCACGAAUAAAAUAUAUGUUUUUCUUGUAUCGAAAACUAUUUUAUUAAUUUAUAUUCGCAAUUAAUUACAAUUCAAUUUAAUAUUUACCUUAUUUAAUUAUCUUUGUCUAGUUUAUGUUUAUUUGAGUUUUCAUAUAUAUAUUACUAUCGUUUCCAAGGGAUUUUUUUUCAUUUUUGAAACAUUUGCUUGCUCGCCGCAGAAAGUUUUAUUUUAUUCAAGACAAUGGUAGGAUUAGACGCCGAUUUGAAUCGUGAUGACGAAUGUGAUAAUAUAGGAUUGGGAUGUGCCUUGGAGCACUUUUCGGAAGUAGAUGAAGUUAUGAAUAUGAUCGAUAAUGUGAAAAAUAUUUACAACUCGCCCUCUUUUGAAGUUGAGUAUGAUAAACUGUACAGCAUUUUGAAACAAUAUUAUGAGCAGCCUCAUUUGCUUGAUCCUCACUUAGACAAGAUUUUGACAAAAUUUUUAACAUUAAUCAAGGAUAAAGAGUCUCCACCUGAAUUAAAACAUGCAACAUUCAACUAUAUGUAUCAGAUUUUUAGAGUUAGAGGAUAUAAAGUAGUGGUUAGACACUUGCCGCACGAAGUUUCAGAUCUUCUUACAGUUUUAUCAUUCCUAGAAGCACAAGACCCGAAAGACAAAGAAACCUGGCGCAGUCGAUUUGUGCUUUUAUUAUGGCUGUCUAUUGUUGUCAUUAUUCCAUUCCAUAUGAGUCGAUUAGAUGGAUUUGUUCCAGGACAACCAGAUGCUGGAACUUCAAAGAAAAUAACGGUGAUGGAAAAAGUUUUCAAUAUCUGUAAGACCUAUGCCCUUAGUAAAGAUGCAUGUGCAGAAGCCAGUGCUUAUUUAGCUUCUAAAUUUCUUAUAAGGUCUGAUGUGAAAGAGUUAUACAUGGGGGCAUUUUUUGAAUGGGCAUGUGAGUUACAUUCCAAUCUCCAAGAAGAAGAUACCAUACACUAUGGAGUAUUGGCUACAGUGGCAGCAGUCUUAAAACAUGGAAAGAGGGAUGAUUUGCUACCAUAUGCUCCAAAACUACUUGAAUGGGUGACAAAACAAAAUUAUAAACAGCAUAAAGCUAUGUUAGUGAGAAAAUAUGGAGUCAAAAUUGUUCAAAGAAUUGGAUUGACAUUCUUGCGACCACGGGUAGCUUCGUGGCGCUAUACACGCGGAUCACGAUCGCUUGCUGUCACUUUGGGUGGCGUGCCUGCUGCGGGAGAUACAGAAACUAUCACGUCACCACCUGUUGAUGAUGAUGAAGAUAUACCACAGGAGGUAGAAGAUGUAGUAGAACUACUAUUAUGCUCUCUACGCGAUGAUGAUACUGUGGUGCGUUGGUCAGCUGCCAAGGGCGUAGGUCGCAUCGGUGCUCGGCUGCCCGCCCUUGCUGCCGCUGACGUUUGCGAGACUGUCCUGGCACUGUUUGCUGAGAAUGAACGCGAGACCGCCUGGCAUGGAGGGUGUAUGGCGCUUGCGGAAUUGGCUCGUCGCGGACUACUGUCCCCCACGCAGGUGGGCGAUGGUAUAGCCCGCGUGACAGCCGCACUGGCCCGCGACGAGCCGCGGGCUGCGGGCUGCGGCGCGGGCGGCGGGGGCCGCGCGGCCAGGGACGCCGCCUGCCACGCCGCCUGGGCCUUCGCCCGCGCGUACGAUGCACGAGCAUUGCAGCCCCACGCGACUAUGCUUGCUAACGCGCUCAUUGCCACCGCCUGCUUCGAUAGGGAGAUAAAUUGCCGUCGCGCAGCCUCUGCGGCUUAUCAAGAAAAUGUCGGCCGACAUGGCAUGUUCCCGCACGGGAUCGACGUCCUCACGACCGCUGAUUUCCAGUCUGUUGGACCACGGAACAAUGCUUACCUUGUAAUUGCUCCUCAAGUUGCCAAUUUCCCUGAAUACACGCAACCCUUAAUAGAUCACCUCGUAGACCUUAAAGUUGAACAUUGGGACUGUGCCAUACGAGAGCUGGCAGCUAAAGCUCUGAACAAAUUGUCUUAUAAGAUUCCUGAAUAUGUGGCAACUGUCGUGUUGCCUAAAUUAAUUCUCAAGACUGAUUCAAUAGAUCUGAACGUGCGUCACGGUGCUAUCCUCGCGAUAGGUGAAGCUGUCUAUGCAUUAUCACAAACAGAACUAUCUGAUGGUAAGACUGGAGACACACUUAUAUCAGAGGAGGUAAUGAUCGCUGUAAGAGAUUUGGUGGGAAGUAUCCGGGAGCGGCAUCAGUUCCGCGGGCUGGGCGGCGAACUGAUGCGGCAGGCGUGCUGCCAGUGCAUCGCUUCACUCUCACUGGCCGGCGCACCUUAUCAUUCACAUUCCACUAUUGAUGAAUGGUUAAACUUGAUUGAUGAAUGUUUAUCACACGAAGUGCAAAUUAUACGCGAGAAAGCAAUAUAUGCGCUGCCAUUGGUGAUUGACCAAUACUUACGCGAUGACAAUCUAAUGUACGGGAACAUGACUGCGAAACAGAAGCGCAUGCAGCUCGUAGAGAAGUACUGCGAUCAGCUGAGUAGUUCCGGGGUUAAUGGCCUCGUACUGAGGAUGGGUUACGCUCGGGCUGUGGGUAAGUUUUUUUAAGACAUGAACAAUAGAAUGGUAAUUCACCAUCCCAUUUUGCUAUUUGAUAAUGUCGUCUUGACAGAGAUUAGUCACAAAUGGGCCGAAUCUCGUCGCGAUGCAGUCAUUGGACUUACAGAAGUGUGUCAGACACAAGGAAUUGUCAACGGAGUUGAGAAAUAUGUCAAUGAAAUUGUAGACGCGUUGCUCGAAUGUCUCGGUGAAUACAUCAGGGAUACAAAAAGCAAACUUAUACCUCCGAAGAUAUCUAGAUUUUUAUUUUGUGUUAAAUGUUAUCUUUAAGGAUUAUUGUCGAUCUGUCGACAAUGUGCCUCCGAAGCGCCCCACCUGAACAGUCCUGAAGUUAUAAGGAGCAUAAUGUGUGGCGUGGCGCAGCAGGCCGUCGAGAAGAUCGACCGCACACGAGCACAUGCGGGCAGGAUCUUCACAUCGUUGAUAUAUAAUGAUCCACAAAUUUAUAACAUUCCCCAUUAUGAUGCAUUGAAACGAAUUUUUCCAUCAGAAGAAGUUGAACUGAAACCUCAGACCAAGGAAUUGGAAGAUGAUGGCGAACAGCCAACCACCAGUGAGAAUUCCAAUGUAGUUUUGUGGCUGUUCCCUGGGCACACCAUGCCUAGAUUUGUCCAGUUGUUGAGCUUUCCUGAUUAUAGAUAUAAUGUGAUCAAAGGAUUAGUAGUUAGCGCUGGAGAAUUGACUGAGAGUUUGGUAAAGCACACUACACAAUCUUUGUUCUCCUAUUUGAACUCAUUACACGAAAAUAAAGAAAUGUUAACAGCUAUUUGCGAUACUAUUAUAAAAGUAUUUGCGGAUAAUAUUCAAGUGAAGAGGAUUACUGGGCCUAUAUUCAAUUUCUUAGACAGGCUAUUGAGUUCGGGUUCAAUAUCACCUAUAUUGCAAAAUCCUGAAUCCACUUUUCCUAUGGACAUUUUAAAGUAUUUACAAUUGGAACUUAGGGGAGGAAAAAAUAUUUACAAAUUAUUGGAUUCAAUUAAUGUAUUGUGUCAGUUAAUUCAGGUGGGCGGCAUGGUUUGCCGACGUGCGUUAGGACAGCUUGUGAUCUACUUGUGUUACGCGGACCGCUACGUGCGACGCUGUGCUGCCGCACGACUCUACGAAGCUCUCACGCUCUACGGCGACGAGUGUCAUCUGCCUGCCAAUAACCUCGAUCAGGUAAUGUCGAUGCUUGCUGAUACAGACUGGGAAAAGGAUGUAGCAGAACUAAGGCCGAUAAGGAACGAACUAUGCGAUCUCAUGGAUAUUAAGAGGCCAGUUUUGAAACAGAAACCAACAUAAACUAAUAUACACUAAAUAAUGCUUUUAUAAUAUGUAGUGUUAAGUAUUGUAGCAUUUAUUUUCGAAAUGCAAUUUCUGUUGCUGCCUCGUGCAUUGCACAAAACAAAACACAUGCAAUGUGUUUUGUUAUUUCACUCAUCUAUUACAUGUUUAGUUUUCUAAACGCGUAUAACUACUAAUAUAAAUUUAAAUUGGGACUGCGAGGUAUUAGAAGUUCGAGAAUAUACACUAGGUUCGUGAUAAUAUCGACUUUAGCUACUCUACAGAUAAAAUAAGUCCGCUCGUAUCAAUCGUGUACUAUUACACAAUAGUGCGGGGUCGUGUUUGACGAAAAUUACAUAUCUGUAUCGCAUGAAUCGUAGCGAUUAGUCACGAACUUGUGGAGCAUUUGGUGCUUUAAUAAUGAAGUUAUGUAUAUUAUUGUCGUCGUAAAUAACUAAUCAUUUGGUUUUCGAGUAACUACGACACAUUUAUACACAUACGUAUUAACAAUUACGCUUAUAUGAGAUAACAAGCAUAGUAUGACUAUUUGGAAUAUCACUUGCAAUGUACUGAUCAUGAUACAUAUAUAAAAUGUAAAAGAAUUGUCUAUUUUAUUUUCCAAGCAAUAAAAAAAUUUAAUUUAUUUUUA